AUGCGCCCGCCGCGCCGGCAGACUGUUGGAUGGCCACAGUCGCGAACGUGGGUGAAGUCGUGCGGCGCAGAGACCAGCUCAUUCGCCGUCGCCGGUCCCUCGAUCACGGGCGCCGUCGCCGGGCUUGCUGACCCGCUAUGCUAUAACUUGCCACAACGCAUCAGCAGCUGCUCCAGGCAUGCCCGCCGACUGGGUACACGAGGAGUGGAGGUGCUCGAGGCUCUCCUCGCCAGCGGCGGCGACCUCUCGCACAUCGAGGAGGUCGUCCUCUGCUCGAGCGAUGGCCCAGCCGAGUCGGCGUGCCCACCCAUCGCCGUCAGCAGCUGGCGCUGCCCCUGCAAAAGGCCAGCCCAGCUCGCCGCGCUGCGUCGCGCCAUCCUGAAGGGUGAGCGGCCGCGGGUUGCAGGCGUGUACGCGUCACCGCUCACCCCGCUCGAUUGCGCGCUGGUUGGUGACGGCCGAGCAGGAUACUUUAACCAGGAAGUCAUCGCAACCCUGGACACGCCGCUCGACUUUCGCAGCUUGAGCUGUGAGCGUCAGUAUCGAGAGUCUCUGGCCGCGGUGUACGCCAAGGGCAAGGCGUGGCUGACCCCUGUCGAGAUCUUCCGGCCCCACUACGCGGAGGCGAUCGGCCGCUCGAUGCUCAGCCGGCACCGCCAAGCCUACGGUCCGAGCGAGCCUCUGCGCAUCUGCGAGGUCGGUGGCGGGACAGGGACAGCGGCGCUGUCUCUGCUCGGCUGGCUGGCGAGAGCGCAUCCCGAUGAGUACGCCCGCUGCCACUACCGGCUCCUCGAGCCGUCGGAGCGUCUCGCGCGCGUGCAGGCGGCGCGGCUGCGCGACGCGGGCGUGCCGCCAGAGCGGGCGGAGGCGCGUGCGGCGCAGGCCGGCGCAUGGUCGCUGCUGCUGCUCGAGGUGCUCGACAACUUGCCGCACGACAAGCUGCGGCACGACCCCGACGCCGGGCUGCUCGAGGCCCACGCGCUCGCGGGGUCGUGA